AUGACCUCAACACUUAUCCUUGAGUCGAAGAGUGAAAUCAUGCUUUGUAUACCUCCGUCAACAGUAUCAGAUAUCGCCAACGAGAAGGAAUUCGACGAGAACACCAUCCAUGAUAACGACGAAAGGCAGGAAAGCCGAACCCAGACGAUGCGACAGAUGAAUACGCCUCUGGAGCACGACUAUAUCGUUGCCAGUGCCAUCCCUAAAAUCACAGACGAAUUCCAUGUCCUUGUCGAUGUCUCCUGGUACAGCGCCGCCUUCAUGGCAAUCGGCGGCUUCCUCAUCCCUAUAUUCAUCUUCGAACUCGGAACGCUAAUCUGCGGCGUCGCUCCCAAAGGCACGACACUCAUUGCAGGAGGGGCAACAGCCGGCGUCGGCGCAGGGGCAUCGGCUCCGGUGUACACGAUUAUUGCUCUCUCAGCUAGUCCGGAGAGACGGCCUAUGUUCCCUGGGAUCAUCAGCACUAGUUUUGGUAUUGCAGCUGUCGUGGGGCCGUCGAUGAGUGACGCGUUUGCUCACAGGGUUAGCUGGUGGUGGUAUUUCUACAUCAACCUGCCCAUCGGGGUUAUUUUGCCGUUUAUUAUCCUGGUAUUCUUUAAGGCGCCCAGUGCUGCGAAGCCCAAGUCCGCUACCGACAACAAGCUCAUACAUAUGGACCCCUUGGGUGUGGUUCUCGUCAUGGGUGCCGUUAUCAGUUACGUCCUGGCGUUGCACUACGGAGGACGAAUGUACUCCUGGAACUCGUCUCGGGUGUGCGGUAGUGGUGUCAGGAGAACAUUGGGACGAUGCCUGGCCGGAGAUAGAGUGUACCUUGUGUCGUUGGUGUAUGUGUUCUUCUCCGGCGCGUGCUUCCUGAUUAUCUACUACCUGCCCAUCUACUUCCAGAGCAUCGAUAACGAUAGUUCGGAAAUGAGUGGUGUGCGAAACUUGCCUCUGAUUCUGUCCGUUACCAUCUGCAUGCUCGCCAGCGGCGCUUACAUCUCUACAACCGGUUCGCAGCCCCAAUCACCCACUGGCGAGGGGAAGCGGAUCGGGUAUCAGAUCAUCGGAGAAGUCGGCUGGGGCAUCGUAUCCCAGAUCCCUGUCAUCACGGUGCAGGCAACCGCUCCUUCGGUGGAUCUACCUGAGGUGACGGCUAUUCUUCUCUUCUUCCAAACCGUUGGUGGUGCGUUCAUGGUCUCCGCCGCGCAAGCCGCCUUCGCCAACAUGCUCAUUAAGGUUCUACUUCACUCGCCUCCGGGUGUGUACCCUGAGAUGGUUGUUAGUACUGGUGCGACGGAUAUGUGA